AUGAGCAAUGAUGGACAAUGCAGACAAAUUGGACUUUGGCAAGGAAACAAGAGAGAAGAAGAAAAAGAAGAAAAAGGCCAAGGCCGUGGAGGAGAAUGCCUUGGAUGUGGAACCCCUUGCUAAAACAAAGCCAUCCCAGAAGAGUGUGCCCGCCCCAGACAUGGUUCCAGAGGUGCCCCUGCUGAAGAAGAAAAAGAAGAAAACCCAAGAAACAGAGAGCCCAGACAGAGCCCCCCACCCCCAUGAGGAUAGCAUGGAGGCAGAGACCAUAGGCAGAACCCACUCUCUGAAGAAGCAUCAUAGCAGGAAGGAGCUGCUUCCAAAUCCACUGGAGGCCCCAUGUCAAGGGAAGAAAAAGAAGACAAAACCAUCCCUCUCUUAUACCCCAGGAGCAGAGACAGGGGUGGGUGUGGAACUGGAAGGGGGCUCUGUCAGAAAACCUAAAAAGAGGAAGAGGAAUAAAAGGUCAGAUCAGGAAAGCUUUAGGGAGCAGGAGGAGGAGGCCCUUCCUGACCCCAUGAAAGAGGAGGAGGAGGAAGAAGAAAAGGAGUGGGAGCCCAUAGAACAGGGACAGGGAGAGGAGAAGCAGGAUCCCAGUAGUCUCAGGGACUCUGGCACCAAGAAGAAGAAGAAGAAGAAAAAGAAGAAAACUUACAGGGAGGAGGAGAAGGAAGAUGAGAAGGAUGAUAGAACUGAUAAAGUACCCCUCGAUGAGGGCCACAUAGAGUACCCCAGUGCCUUCAGCAGCUGUGGAAAGAAAGGCCACAAAAAGAAGCAGCCCAAGGCCAAACUGGCAGAAAGUGUCCCCGUAGAAGACAGCCCCAGGAAUAUCAAAAAGAAAGAAAAAAAAUCUAAGACACAGAUAGAGCCACCCUCUGCUGAGGAACCUGCUGGCAAGAAGAAAAAGACAUCAGUAGGUAGGAAAGUGAGGCAGAACCCUCAAGGCCCAAGCAUGGCGCAUGAAUCAGACUUGGAAGUGGUAUCUGAAAAAAAGGGAAACUUGGAUGAAGUCACCAUAGAUAUGGUUAGAAGAAAGGCCUUGCAGGAAGAGAUUGAUGGAGAAUCUGGGGAAACUGAAGCUCUUGAAAUCAGAGUGGAAGAGCCUACACAGUUUGGCCAGUGGGAUACAGCUACUUUUGAAAAUUCGGACCAAAAGAUGAAAUUUCUCAGACUCAUGGGAGGCUUUAAGAAUUCUUCCCCAUCACUCAGCAGUUCUCCGGGCACUCUCAGGAAACCAAACAUGGCUCUGAACAAGCAGGCCGCUGCUGCAUUACAGCAGAAUCUGCAAGUGGUGUUUGACAGAGCACUGAACUGGAAGCAUCAGCGUGGAGUUGGACUGGGCUAUUCAGCUUCUACAAACAAACUGUUUUAUAUAGACAGAAAUGCAUCCAGAUCUAUAAAGUUUAAUGAUUAA